UACAUCAUUAUCGAGUCAUGGGAUCAUGUCAAGUUACCAGUUCGAAGACAUGCUUUCGAACCCCUUCAACUUCUUUCUUUUUUCUUCCCUUCGACUCGUCUCUGUUGUUUUCACGAGCGGAUCGUCGAAAGCGACGGAAAUCUGGGCCCGGGUGAUUUCUGUUACCGCCCAGCUCACAUUUUACCAGCUCACCCUCGGAAAAGUCACGCAUUUACGAGAUCUCAUCCGCUGGAAACAACGGCCUGUCAUCCGUGUUACUGUUCGCCGAGCUCGACACCACUGUGUUCUUCCAUGAACGAUCCUCUGACGCGUCGUGACGAGCACGCGAGAUCUUUCUUUUUUCAGCACGCUCGAUAAGACGUCCUCAAGCGCGUAUUCUUCUUUCUGCCGCAUUGUCAUCCAUCAGAUAUAAACCGCGGCAGAAAAGCGUGCGAUACAAUCGCGAAGAUGUUCGGUCGCACCGUCGUCCUCGGUCUGCUGCUGCUAACAGUCGCUCUCACCUCGGGAGAGAUCCUUAACCGGGGAUGGUGGAGCCAUACGAUUUUCUAUCAAGUUUACCCCCGCAGUUUUAUGGACGCCAACGAUGACGGCGUGGGUGAUCUCAAAGGUAUUAUGAGCAAACUUGAGCAUUUCGUGGAGUCUGGAGUAGGAGCGAUAUGGCUAUCGCCCAUUAAUCGCAGUCCUAUGGUCGACUUUGGAUACGACAUUUCAGAUUUCAAAGAUAUCGACGGAAUAUUUGGCACAAUAGAGGACUUCAAAGAUCUCUUGGCGCGCGCAAAAAAACUUGGACUGAAGGUUAUUCUCGACUUCGUGCCCAAUCAUACUUCCGAUGAGCAUUACUGGUUCAACCAGAGUGUGCAUCGCGUCGGCAAGUAUGUCGAUUAUUACAUAUGGGCGGAUGGAAGAAAUGACAAUCAAGAUCCACCGAAUAAUUGGCUAAGCGUGUUCAGUGGUCCGGCUUGGACAUUCAACGAGAUCCGAAAGCAGUGGUACUUCCACCAAUUCGAACGCAGACAACCAGAUUUGAAUUACACAAAUCCCAAUGUGCAAGAGGAAAUGCAGGAAAUCAUUGAGUACUGGUUGCGAAAAGGCGUGGACGGGUUCCGCAUAGACGCAUUACCGCAUUUAUUCGAGACGAAUUAUACAUCGGACGAGCCCCGAAGCUUUACACCGGGUGCAACGAAGGAUGAUUAUGAAUAUCUGAAUCAUACGCUGACAAAGGAUCAACAGCAGACCUACGAAUUGGUGCGAAGUUGGAGAGAGAUCUUGGACAACUACGCUAAUCGAACUAAUACGGAUGAAAAGGUGAUAAUGACCGAGGCGUAUACUUCGUUGGAGAAUACCGUCAAAUAUUACAAUUACGGUUCCCACAUUCCUUUCAACUUUAAUCUUAUCAUGAACGUUAACGCCAAUUCUAGUGCCACGGAAUUAAAAAAUAUAAUAGACAAAUGGAUGAAGGUGAAGCCCAAGGAUGGCGUAGCCAACUGGGUGAUAGGAAAUCACGAUCGCAGCCGUACCGCUUCGCGCUACCCCGGAAGGUCCGAUCAGAUGGUAAUGUUGGUCAUGGUGUUGCCGGGCGUGGCGGUUACAUAUUACGGUGAAGAAAUCGGCAUGGUUGAUAAGAGCGACAUAAGCUGGGAAGAUACGCAGGAUCCUCAGGCUUGCAACGCGGGUAAAGAGAAAUACAGAAGUCGAUCUCGCGAUCCCGUCCGCACGCCGUUCCAGUGGAAUUCGGGAGUUCACGCAGGUUUCAGCAACACCAACAAUAAAACUUGGUUACCGGUCCACGAAAAUUACCACACUAUCAAUUUGCACGCUCAAAAGAACGCCAAUGAGUCACACUAUAGGGUUUAUCGUGCUCUGACGAAGUUGCGAGAUACAUCCGACGCGCUGAAAUCCGGAUCGUUGACUACCAAAGUCUUAAACAAUACUGUUCUCCUCGUCCUACGAAAGACGCAUAAAGAGGCCGUGAGCUUGCUGAUAAAUUUCUCAAAUCAGAAUCAAUGGGAAGGUGAUCUGACGGAAGUCUUGACGGGAUUCGAAGACGGUGUGGUUAAGGUAGCAAGCGUGGAUUCCAAGAUAAAACAAAAUCAAACUGUCGACUUGAAGAAAGUCAAUCUCCCGGCGAAAGCUUCAAUGAUCUUUGUUUCUAAUGUCAAGUAAACCAACACUAACAUGAGCGAGACAACGGCAAGGUUUCAAUGUACGUGACUCCAGUUGAAACGAUUCUGCUAUGCCAAGUCCUUUUUCAUAAUGAUGUUCUUCAAGUACGAACCAGACAAACAACAGAAAUAAUUAAUCGAUGACUCGCGUUAUAGUUUCGCUGUAAUCGCAUAUUGUAUUAUAUUACGAAUGAAAAUAUAUUCUUUUAAUUGCGACAGGAAGCUAUUUCGCCUGAGUUUAUUAAUUAUAUAUAAUUAUCAACGAGAGGUGUUGUAUAUAUAUAUAAUGUUAAUUGCGGCUUUAUACAGACCCAUUAUAGAGAAAAUGUUGAAUUCAGAAAUGCAUUAUAAACGUACGCUGUAUCGCACGCACGGCGCAUCAUAAACGUCGACGCAAUAAUUAUCACUCUAACGUUUAUCGGAAAUGUCAAAAGUCCCUCUCUAGCCCGAGUGCCCUUUCGGGUUUGCCGUGCACGAUCAUAGAUUCUCUAUUUUGCUUGCUUGCUCGCGGGCAGAGAACAUUUUUCUCUAUUCGCGAAUUUACCCUGUCUCUGCGACGCGAACCGAUAAUAAUUCUUUGUACGAAUGGCGAAAAGGGAGAACCAAUUUUCGCAUCUAAUCCUACGUGAUGGGAAAAGUAUCUGCGUGCGAGAGAAUUUCUGCGAGAUUGACAACAGGAUCAAACAACCGAUGGAGCUUGAUACGGUAAUCCGUCAAGAUGCGCACAUCACCCAUCGAGAUCUCUUUUUAUCCACCGUUACCUUUUCUUGCUAUAUUUAGAAACGUUUCACCGAAUCUGAUUAAACGGCCAUUAAGUCUCGGAGAAACACAUUUUUAACGCUCUUUGGGAGCAAACAAUUAGAAUUCCGAUGAUCGAGAUUUACCAGGCCGAUAUUGCUGUACGCAAGUAAAUAAAUCAACAGUUAUGAAUGUGAUGCUCUGACAGAAAAAUAUGUACAACCUCCUUCAUAUUACGAGUAGAAAAUAUUGAAGUCGGCAGCGAAUAACCGUUUCACCGUGUGAUUUUGGAUUUUGGCGAAAUAUUAAACUCAUUGGACACGGGUUAAAACU